GUUGUGUUUGUCCUAAUUUCGCGCAGCAUUAAACAGACAAAGACGUGAAUAUAGUCUGCAAUACGAAAACGGAGAGUGACAUUAAGCAUGCAUAUUUGAAGUCUUGAUACGCUUAAUAUAGCUGCCCGUAGAUCUUCGGGAAAAGAAUCGAUAGAGUAAUUUUUAAAGAAAAGUAUUACGUUCCUGCCUGCACGGGGUUUUAUUUACGUUAAACCAGCAAAGAAAACACGAUGUGCCUUUCCUCACCCAUCCCUGGCCAGACGACAAAUGGCAAGGGAGGUACCAAUACUCCUGAGGUCUCGGCCACAAACGGUGGCCCAUGCAGCCUGGGAGAGGGUUGCAGCUCCAGAACUAAUGGAGAUCUAAAACACAGAGGUCGCCAUACAAAACUGGAUCAAGCCACAACAGAAGCUACAGAGCAACAUACCAAAGAUGAGGAUAAUUUAGGUUAUAAGGAGGAGAAUGCUGUCUAUAAGGAGAAUAACGCAAAGCUAGAGACAAAGCAACAAGAGGCGACAGUGAAUGAGGAGGAAGAGGAGGAAUUUAAGCCACAGAUCAGAUGGCCUGAUCUAAUUGCUCAGACAUUUCUACACAGCGGUGCCCUCUAUGGAGCCUACCUGCUAUUCUAUGCAAAGUUCUACACAUUCCUAUGGGUGGUGGUGACCAUUUGGGUCUCGGGCAUUGGCAUCACGGCGGGAGCCCAUCGUCUAUGGUCUCACAAGUCGUACAAUGCAUCGUUGGCUCUACGCAUUCUAUUGGCCUUUGCUUUCUCUAUAUCGGGACAGCGCGAUGCCUACACGUGGGCAUUAGAUCAUAGAAUACAUCACAAAUUCUCAGAGACAGAUGCCGAUCCGCAUAAUGCGAAACGUGGAUUCUUUUUUGCCCAUGUGGGUUGGCUAUUCCUCACACCGCAUCCGAAGGUGGCUGCCAAGCGUGAUGUCAUUGAUAUGUCCGAUCUGGAGGCCGAUCCGGUGGUCAUGUUCCAACGGAAAUAUAAUGUACCCCUCUUUGCCCUCUGUUCGAUAAUUAUUCCUGUUCUUGUACCUUGGUAUUUCUGGCAAGAGGAUCUCUGGAUGUCAUUUUGGAUUAAUUUUAAUAUGCGAUUUACUUGGACUUUAAAUGUAGCCUUCUUUGUGAAUAGUGUGGCUCAUAUGUAUGGCAAAAGGCCGUACGAUAAGAAUAUUAUGUCAAGAGAGGCUCCCAUUGUCUCCCUUCUGGCCAUGGGCGAAGGUUGGCAUAACUAUCAUCAUGUAUUCCCCUGGGACUACAAGACUGGAGAAUUUGGUUCAUAUACCCUGAAUGUGACCACAGGUUUCAUUGACUUGUGCGCACGUUUGGGCUUGGCCAGUGGACGUAAAGUUGUUUCUCCCGAUAUGAUUAAGCGACGUGCAGCUAAAUGCGGCGAUGGGACACGUUUCCUUAGUGAUGAUUAUGCACACAAGGAUCAGGUUUGGGGCUUUGGCGAUAGGGAUUUGCCACGUGAAGAUCUAGCCGAGCUGGCCAAAAUGCAAAAUUGAGUGGUGCUAGCGGCUCCCCAUUAUUGUUUUGACUAAAUGUAGUAUUAAGUUGUAUUUCUGGCACCCCCCAAUAUCCCGCCUCACCGUCAUAACCACCUCUCAUACCUCCUGCAUAUAUGUACCAAUAUCCAUCACACUUCAUUUAUGCGUUAUCCUAUGUUGCUUCUACUUGUUACUUACCUGAGAGCAAUAAACUAUUAUGUAUUGCGUCUGUA